GGUUACUCGCCCGCAACGCACACAAAACCUUUAAAAAAACAAAAUUAAAAAAAACCCAGCGAUUACAAUUAUUAGAAAUAAUAUUAGGCCCCCGAAUUAAGCGAAUUGGAAAGGGUAUAUAUAUGUGACUUAACCUCCGAAAUAGUCUUGACACUUAUCUGCGAGUUUUUCGUCGCAUACCGAGAUAUACCUACCUAUAUAAUUAUCACUGGACGCGAGCGGAACUCUUAUCAAAUCAACGGACGGCUUAUGUACACGAUCCGCAAUAACGAAGUGGGCAAACAAAAUCCAAUAUAAUGCCCCUAUAUAUAAAUUGUGCAAAAAAGUAAACAAAACCAAAUAAAACUUGGCUAAAAUAAACCUGUCGCCAUUUCAGGCCCAGUCGGAGUCAGCUGCUCCAAUCGUUAAGUUAGCCGAAGAUCGUUGGCGAACUGGAGGCCCUUAGCCGCGUGAUCUUAAUCAGUUCUGUUACGAUACGUUUAUAGCCGCGUUUUGUUUCAAUUACUGCGUCAUGCAUUCGGGUUUGUUUUCGGGUUUACUUGAGGUUGGAGUGAGUUCGAGGUGAUCGGGAUCGGUGGUGCGGGGGCAAUGGCAAUUAGCUGGCCGAAACACCUCCGAAAGAUAUUCCCCGAAAAGUGAUUGAUAAUCGUCGUACAUAACUGCAAACAGAAAUAACAAACCAAACGAGAGAAUCAAAAUUUGUGUGCUUCAAGCGCUGGAUGCGCCCCUAUAUCUGCCUUAUGGAGCUGCCAAUCCAUCGACCGGGAAGUGGAAAUCUGCUGCUGGGACUCACCUCCGUGGUGGGCCUCAUCGGAGGCGCCUACCUGCUGCAGUGUGGCGCCCAGCGGCUCUUGGGCAAACUAGCCCAUAAGAAGUGGAAAAGGGAGGAGAAGGACUCCAGCGAGGAUCACAACUGCAACGUCUGCUGUGCGGACCUGGAUCUGAGCAGUGCCAAAAACUACGUGACAUGUUGCACCUGCGGGAAAUCCGUGUGCCGCGGGCCAAAGUGCGCCGACUGGCGGCCCAAGGACGCCAAGUGGGAGUGCCAGCUGUGCCAGAGCUCCAAGGAGUCGCUGGCCCACACCUCCUCGUGGGUGGCCGAGCAGAUGUCCUUCAACCAGCACAAGUUCGUCUAUCCGAUGCGGGCGCGGAGCGAGGUCUACAUACCGAUUGUGGGCGAUGGCAACGACAGCAGCAUGCAGUUCGAGAGUGUUAGCCAGAUUGGCCAGACUGCCAGCAUGGACGAGCGGGCCAAGAUCCGCGAGUACGUCGAGGAGAUCGUGGCCGAAAUGCUGGGCGGUAAUUUGGACCACAUCAGAGUGGGGCAGCUGUCCAAAAGCGAGAACUACUUGCAACUCUUUGAUAAAUUCCAUGCGAAGCUGAGUAACCUGCUUAUCAAUGUGGAAAACAGUUUGUGCGCGCGUGCGCUCAAGGGAGAUCUGCCGGCCAUCGUAAAUGGCCACAACAGCGGCAAUGGUUUAGGCCAUAAUAAUAAUAAUAACAAUAACAACAAUGCUGAUUCCGAGCUGGCCGACAUCUCGCAGACCCGUCUACGCAGUCUCAUCGAGACCAUCAUAGCGGAGACCCUGCGAAGCACCUCCCUGAGUGCCAGUGGAGCCGUCUCGGAGAUCAGUCUGGACACCAGAUCCCACGCCUCCGGAAAUGGCCUAAAACGGCGCCAUCGCACCGAGCACUACUUCGAGCCGAAGAUCUACCAGGAUCUGCUGGCCACGGCGGUGCUGAAUAAGAUUGCGGAUAAGGAAGGUAAUACAAGGCUUUUGGCAGAGAGUACGCCGGACUUGAGUGGUCGCCACAUUGACGAGAAUUUCAAUGCCGAAGCGCUGAGCACCACGUCCGGAAGCUCAAUAGAACCCCGUAGUGAUUGCAGCCUCACAGACCAUGAAAUCGGACUUGAUAAUGGCAAAUCCCAAUCCCUGCAAACGGACUUGGAAAGGGAAUCGGUCCUUAGUGAUUAUAUAGCCGCACAUAUGGUGCCACUGCCAGACUUUUCGGCAUCCGUCACCGAAUCCGAGGAUGAUAUUGGAUCCAUCUCCUCGGGUAUGAUCGGUGAUGGAAACUGGGAAGACAACUGGCUGUUCAAGAAGAAACGCAGCUCGGCCACUCCGAGCAGCAUUGGCAUGCUAGUGCCCGCACCCACGGAGAAUGUCCGGGCCCAGAUUGGCGAUAAGACCACCGACGAGGUCAGCGAUCUCUCGGAGAUGGGUUCGGACAUUGAGGAGAGCUCCCUGGACCUACUGCGAUGCAACGAUCUGAACGAUCGUCUGCUGAGCAAGCACCUGAUUGGUGGCCAGAACACUAAGCUCGUCCUCGAUGAGCUCGUAGAUCGUACGAGUCUUACAUCCCACACAUUGCUUGAGGAGCACGAGCCCGCAUUUACGGAGACAACCAAUGAGUAUGUGGUGUCUCCCAUGGCCGUGCCAUCUGAUAUUAAAGCUCCAUCUCCGACACCGCCACCACCACCAAUGAUAUUCCAAGAUGACCUAUUGAAUGAGGAGCCAGUCCACACUCCCAUUGCAGCCCAAGACGAAACCGAGGAGCUGUCCAGCCUCGAAGGCUGCACUGGCUUCAGCACAGUCGAGUACCUCGACGAGGAACAAAUGCACGAGACCGUGCCAUCGGUAAUCGAGAUCCUAGCAGCCAUGGCCCUGGGGCCCAUGCUAGCAGUUCCAGCAUCCGAACAGCCAGGCGCCAUGACCCCCAGUGAGAUGCACACCCUCAAGGAGCUGAGUGACUUGGCCCUCGCCGAGAUUAAUGCUCGCACCGUGGACCUGAUGCACGCACACUCGCUUGACAUUAUUGAAGAGGAGAACUCGGAGCCUUCAGACACUGUCUCAAUUCCACAGUUGGAUAUUCUACAACCUUCACCACUCGCAGAGAUUACUACUCCAUCUCAAAUGCCUUCGCAAGCGGAGGAAAGUUUUGUUCAAACGGAUGUAUUACGACCCCCUCCAGCCUUAGAACUUGUUUCUGAGUAUGAACCUCCGCCUCCGAUGGAAGUUGUUCAAGAGACUGUGGAUCUGCCAAGUUCUGCAGAAGUUGUCCAUAUAGAAGAGGAUACUGCGACUGCGGGGGAGGCUUUAAAGACGGAAUCUGCCGAAUCUGUAGUGAACUCCUCCGAAAGUCCCUCAGUGCCGGUGGACAUUAUUCAAAAAACUCAACCCGUUUCUGUGGACAUAUCACCGCCUUUGGAGACUGUCACAGAUCCUCAAUCCGACUUGGAAUCUAAGGAAGUUGUUUCAGAAAUAAAAUCUGCAGACGUGGAAUCCAUAUCGCCUAUUGAAAUUGUUCCAGAAUCACAAUCUAUAGCGAUGGAUCUACCAGUUCCGAUGGAAAUCGUCACAGAAAUAGAUCACGUUAUCAUCGUUCCGGAAGUGCCAUCUGAUGUAGUGAACACCACCGAAUCUAUAAAUGUGGUUUCAGUCGAUAUACAAAAUAUUCCAGUUCUGGAAAUUGUUGCAGAGGAUCCAACUAACACUGCGAGUCUCCCAGCAACUAUAGUGCUUAGCACCCAGCCAAAAACCGUUGGAGAAGAACACGAUCCCGAAACCCAAAUAACCGCAGAGGAGUCACCGUUAAAUGUAGCAGAAAACGUUCCACAGGUGGACUCUGUCGCUGUAACAGCGGAUCCUUCAGAGCCUACUGAAAUUAUUUCAGUCGAUUUGCCAGAAGCCGUGGAAAUUGUUUUAGAAACACAGCCUUUUGUAAUGGAUAUACCAGCGCCGUUAGAAUCUGCUCCAGAAUUAAAGCUUUUUAAAGUGGACAUACCAACGCCGUUAGAGACUGACAUAGAAAUGGCGUUAGCCAAAACUAUAGAAAAUGAGCCACAAUUAGUAUCUGUUCCUGUGGAAUCGGUUCCAGAACCCGUAGUAGUGGAACCUCAAUCGCCGGAGGAAGUUGAACCCCUAAAUGCAUCACAACCGCUGGAAAAUAUUUCAGAGGAGCAACCGCUACCAGCAGCAAUGGCAACGGAUUUUAAGCCUCAACACGUUGCAGUCGAUUCAUCACCUGUAGAAGUUGUUUCACAGGCAGAAAGCAUCGAAGUGAAACCAUCAGCACCUUUGGAUACAAUCACUGCAGAAGUAGUUCCACCUCCAAUUGAAGUUGUUGAACUCUCAACCACUGAGGAAGUAGUGCCAGAACCGCAAUCGGUUACAUUGGAUCCACCAGUAAUUGUAGAAGAUGUUUCACAGAUAGAAUCUGUCGAUACCAAGCCGACAGAGCCUUUGGAAAUUAUUCUUAGAUCAGAUCCCCCAGUUCCGGAUCCCCCAGCGGAUGUUGCUUACCUAUCGGAGUCUCCACCAAUAGAACCACCAGCGCCUGUGGAAACACAAUCUGUUGUUGAGGAAACUUCUAAAGAGAUGUCACCUGAAGUACAAUUUGUUGCAAUUACGACCCCUUUGGAAAUAAUUCCGCAGGAAGAAUCUAGCGUAGUGCAGCAACCAUCACUUAUCGAAUCAAUAGCUUCGGUAGAAACAAUUUCAGAAUUACAAGAACCUGAUCCAGUCAACUUGAAUGUUCCAGAGGCUGUGGAAAUGGAUCCAGAAAUGGAGGCUGUUAGAGAUAAACCGUUAUCGACCAUGGAAAAGGAAGUACCAUCGCCAUCUAUCGUUUCGGACCCACCAUCACCCAAUGAUGUUGAAUCUCAGAUAGUAUCUGUCGAUGUGGAAUCCGAAGCACAAUCUGUUGUUAAGGAAACUUCUCCAAAAAUUUUACCAGAUGGACAAUUCGUCGCACUUACAACCCCUGUGGAAUCAAUUCCUCAGGUCGAAUCUGUCGUACUACACCAAACAUCGCCUAUCGAAUCAAUAGCUCUUGUGGAAACAAUUUCACAGUCACAAGCUCCUGAACCAGUCACCGUGAAUGCUCCAGAGCCUGAGGAAAUAGUUCAAGAUAUAUUGGCUGUUAUAGAAGAACCGUUGCCGAUCAUGGCAAUGGAGGACCAACCCCAGUCUAUCGGUUCGGAUCCACCAUCACCCAAUGAAGUUGUCUCUCAGAUAGAAGAGCCCCUAGUAUCGGCAGAAAUUCUUAUCCCGGAUGUGCCUACGGAGAUGAAUUCUGAAACCACUGAUCCUAUUCCGCAAGCGGAGAUCGUGAAUUUACCAGCACCACUGGAAAUCAUUUCAAAAACCCAACUCUUAGAAAACGAAACACCAACGUCUUCUGAAAUUGUUGCCCAAGGUGAAUGUGUCGCACUACCCCAAUUGAUUCCAGAGUCUGGACCUAUUGCAGUGGAUCCUCCAUCGUCGAUAGAUGCUGUUCCCCAAGCAGACGCUGCCACCAUAAGUUCACCAAUGCCUUCGGAAAUUGUUUCAGAAUCCCAAUCCGCCAUAGUGGAUCCUACAGCGUGUAAUGAAAUUGUUCCAGAAAACAUCGCUAUAGAACCCCAACCGCUUGUGGAAAUAAUUCUAAAAACGCAAACCAUCGAAAAAGAUAUUCCUGUGGACGUUGUUUCUGAACUAGAACCUGUCACAGUAGAUCAAUCGGAAGUCAUAGAACAUAUUUCACAGAUCGAAUCUGUCGAUGGGGAAUCCCAGGUGUAUGAAGAAAAUCCUCCAGAACCACAAGUACCAUCAAUAGUUGUUGCUCAAUUGGAAUCUGUCCCAAUGGAAGCCUUAGAGCCUGUUGAAACUGUUCCAGAAGUCCUAACUACUACAUUGGAUUUAACAGCAUCUUUUGAAGCUGUAGAAGGUGCUCCAGGUGAAACUCCUCCCAUUGCUCAAAGCGUCGCAGAGGAAUCGCCUACGCCUGAAGAAAAUCUUCCAGGGACGGAAUCUCUAGCACUGGAACCAUUAGUUCCUGGAAUGGCAAUUGCUCCACAGAUAGAUUUAGUCAAUGUGGAAGCCCCAGUACUUGUCGAAGUACCGACUGAACCUGUUGCCGUGGUUCCACCAACACAAUUGGUGUCAAUGGAAUCCCCAGACCCUGUGGAAAUUGUUCCCGAUACACAAGCCGCCUCAGAGAAAUCCGCGACAUCUGACAUAGCUGAUUCUCUUCCAGUGCAAAGUGAAGUAGAACGGGUUGUUGUGGAACCUCAAACUUCGUUUGAUAUUUCUCAAAACGAAUCUACCUCUGUGGAACCUAUAACAUCCAUUGAAAUUGUUUCCGAAGCAGAAUCUAUUACAUCUGUUCCAGCACCUAAAGAUGUUGAUCCGGAAUCACAGUCGGUAGUAGUAGAUGCACCAGAAGUUAUAGAUGUGGUUUCUCAAAAAGAAGCUGUCGAGGAAGAACAUCCCAAUCGAUUGGAAACUGAUUCAGAGCCAACAACCGUUGCACCGCAGGCCUCAGAACUUAUGGAAGAUGUCGCUAUGGAUCCCACAUCGCCUGUGGAAGUAAUUUUAGAAACACAGUUGGGGUCCGAAGAACCAAAACUGUCCAUGGAAAUUGUUCCUCAAGCUAUCUCUGCCUCUGAUAGCCGACCAAUAGAUGAGAACAGUGCCCCUGUCGAUACAUCAGAUUCCGUUGUAGAAGAACGUCCAGCGCCUGCAGAAAGUGUUUUGGAGUCUGAAUCUCCCCCUGUAGCAACAAUUGCAACCGUAGAAGCUGUUUUGGAAUCUCAAUCGGUCCCUGUGGAUGCAAACAAUCCUAUAGAAAUUGUUUCCGAAUCUACAUCGAACGCUGUUGAUCCUGAAAUAGCUUUAAGACCACCAGCGAUAACUGAAGUUAUAACACAAAUAGAAUCCGUAGAGGAGGAAAUUCUUGAAAAUGUGGAAGGUGUUUCUGUGCCUGUUGAAAUUAUUCCAGAAAAGCAAUUAUUCGCAGAAGAUCAAGGAGAGGUAUCACUGAUGAAUUCUGAAACAGUGCCACUCACUUUAGAAACGAAAUCCGAUGAAAUAGAUCCUAUGGAGCCUGAAGAUCCUGUUAAUGUAAGUCCUCAACCGCCGGAGGAUAUUGUAACUCAAGCUAUUCAAGAGGAAGCUCCAAGCUCUGCGGAAAUAGUACCAGUUACAGAUGUAUGCGAGCCGAGUAAGGAAUCAAUAACUCAUGUGGAAACUUUGCCUAAAGAUCAAAUCGCCUUAGUGAAUAUUAUAGAGCCUGUAGCAGUGAAGAUUAUAGCUGCCGUGGAGAUUGAUCUAGUAGCUGAAUCCACUGCCUUGACUCCGUCACCAACUACAGAAGUCAACGAUGAAAAACCCACAAAGCCUAUGGAAACAAUCACCGAACCUCAAUCUGUCGCAAUAGACUCAACGGAAUAUCCAACAGUGGUUUUAGACAGUGAGUUCGUUGGGGUGGAUUCUGUACAAGUAAUUACAGGCUCUGAAUCUGUCGAUAUGGAACUUGUUCCCCAACCCGAAGCUUUCGCAGGGGAUCCACAAGAAAUUAUAGGAACGGUGCCACAGGUAGAAUCUAUCGAAGUCGAUAAGCCAACGCCUACCCAAUAUAAAUCUGAUGAUGAUGUAGCACAGGCUGAUCCUGUCGGAGAGGAACCCUUAGAGUCUGUGGAAAUUGUUUCUCAAGUUGUAUCUGUUUCCUAUGAUACAUGUUCAGUAAUAGCUGAUUCUGAAACUAAAUUAGAAAAGUCAGCGGAUGUAGAUAUUGCUCCGGACCCUGAACCCCUUGCUGUGACAAUAAAUUCGCAGGAUAAAGUUGUGGCAAUGGAACCCCCUAAGGCUGCCGUUAAUGAUAUCCCAGAGUCUGCAGAACUUGUUCGAGAAAAAGAAUCUGAUAUUGAAAAAAACCCAGAAACGCAACCUGCCAUAGAGGAUGGCGCCGAUUCUCAAGAUGUUAUUAUAGAAACGGACCCGGUCGCAGUGAUACCGCUUAAGUCGGUUGAAGAUGUUCCUGAGAAUAAAAUUGAUGUUGAACCCAUAGAUCCUAUAGAAAUUGUGCCAAAAGUUGAAGCAGUUGGAAUAGAAGAUGAGUCAGAAAUCAAACCAUCUGCAAUUACUGAAGUGGACGAUGUGAAACCCCCAGCAUCUCUGCAAAUUGAUGAAACUGUGACACAGAAUUCGCCUGUUUCUGUUGAAAUGGUUCCGGAGGCGGUGGAACCCUUAGCUGCUGUUGAAGUUAUUGCCCAAGCUGAAUCUGUAUCUUUGGAGAAAACAGUAACUGAAGAGCCCAUUUCUCAAACGGAGUCUAUCGUUGUGGAUUCCCCACAACCUCUAAACGUUGCUCCUCAAGAAGAUUCUGUUCCUACAUCGGCAUCAGUGCCCACAAGCAUUGAAACACAACCUAACGAUUUGGAACCCCAAGCUUCUGCGAAUCUUGUUCUAGAAGCUGACUCUGUCACUGUGGAUCCAUCAGAAACUGCACAAGUUCUUUCAUCAAAUGGGAUAAUUGUUUCAGAGUCACAAGUGAUUGAUUCGGAACACCCAGCACUUGAUGUAGUUUCAGAAGUAGAAAUGAAAAGCUUGCUUGCAGAACCGCCGGCAUCGGAACCCCUUGAUUCCGAAUCAGCUGCACCGCCAAAGCCAGUGGUAAUUGUUCCUGAAAUAGAAUCUGUAACAAAGGAUACUAUAGUUCCUGUGGAAACGGAUACCCCAGUGGAUACCAUCGUUUCUGUUGAAGUUCUAACGGAUACAAAACAUGUCCCAGUAUUACCACCAGUUCAGGUGGAAGAAACGGAGAGUGUCGCUCAAGAAGCACCUCCAUCUGCUGAAGAUAUUUCGAAUGCUGUAAUCGUUGAACCUCAAACUGUGGAUAUGGAUUGCAUUACAGAGGUGGAAACUUUAACGUCAGAGGAACCCAAAUCGAUUUCUACAAACGAUUUCCAACCAGAAGGUAUCCAAAGAAAUGCAUCAAUAGACUCCGCCUGUUCCGCUCUAGGAUCCAUUGCGGAGCGCGAGGUGAAGAAGUGGUAUAACGCCGUUGAGAUGCCAAAUAAUCCAUACGCCCCGGAGGCCCUGAAGCAGCGCAUCAGCGGCACCCAGGAGCGGUACAUGGAUGUGCCGAACAUCAGUCCGAGUGCUGAGCAAAAGGCCCUAGCAUCGGCGCUGACGGAAAAUCCGGAUCCGCCAUCGCCGAAAACGGACUAUAAGCGCUAUAGCCGCGACUACUAUAUCAAUAAUGCUCCCACGCCCACUGACAGCACGGGCAGUGGAAACGCCGCCGCCUCCGUCGCAGCCGAGGAUGUGGAGGACAUCGUGAUCAACGAGGCUCAAAAAGAAAGCAAACAGCCGCAGGAGUUGGUGUACAAAGCCUUGCCAGUUCAGGUCCUGGACGAGUCCCUGGACUCCCAAUCGAAUCCCUCGCUGCACUCCCUGCAGACCACGACCACAACCAGCGAUGAAUCCGAUACGGUACGGAUCUACGAUUUUAACAAGCAGGAAACGACGGUUAUAAAAAAGGCUGUUCCGGUGGAGCAGCAGCCCAGCACCUCCACCACAUCGUCCAUGGAGUCCGCCCAGAGUGGUCCGCCUUCAUCUUCUUCCAUCGACUCGUCUGUCUCAAAGAAGCGGGAGCGACCCGUGGUCCUUCAGUUUGGUCCUGGGGACUCGGCGCCCACAAUAGGUUCUCCUGUCAGUACACCCACGCGGGGAUCCACUCCUCCUGCUUUUAGAUUCUUGCAGCCCAAACGUCGCCUCAUUGAUCCCAGUCAGGUGCUAUCCGUCGAUGAAGAUGAUGUGCCUGAACCUACUCCUCCGUCGGCGGAGAAGCCCGCCAUUGAAGAUGAAGUGGUCCAUUCCAUGCCAUCGGUUAAGGCCCUGGCUCAGGCCUUCCUUUUGACCAGCAAGCACACACAACCACAGCGGAGAUGGCGGGCCACGGUAAGAAUAGCAGCCCCGCCAGAUACACCAGAUAAGCCAGACACAUCACUGACCAAGCGUCACAAACUGGAGCACGCAGUCUCCAUGGCAGAAGUAGCCGAUGAGUCGACUAUUGCCUCUGACUUAUCAUCCCUCGAAACGGACCCCUCUAUACACUCGGAGGGCAAUCCACCCAUUGCCUCGCCGGCGAGUCCUGUGCCCGUGCGACAUGGCUUCCUCCGGAGCAAUAUUGCUUUCUUUGAGAAUUUAAAGUUCAAGUGAAUAUUCGAAUGGAGUUCAGAAAGUGUGCGGCCAUUGGUUGAUCUUCCCGGAAGGGAAAAUGCACGAUAAUGACGAGGCACACAGCCCAUAAUCCAAACCAAAUAUUCGCCAAAAACCAUGUGCCAUGGCCUCCAUUCCCCAGUCCGAAAAUUCACACAACCAAGUACUUAACUUCAAUUGGCACUCCAAUGUGCGCCAUUGUUAAUUGUAGCUCGUAAUUACUAUUACAUAAUUCUUAUAUCCAUGGAUACUAUUUAUUUAGCUCUAAGAUAUGUAUUGUGUAUUUUUAGGCAUAAGCGAAACUAUUUCCCAUUUCAGCUGAAUAAUGUUACACUUCAACCGAACUAGUUUAAAUGUUACAUAAUUGUACUCAAUAAAACAUAUAGAGAAGAAAAA